AUGCGCAUGCGCGAUAUCCUCGACCCGCCCCCAUCUGGGGCUCGCGGAUUGGCAGAGUUGGGUCACGUGGGCGCACCGUGCGGACUUCCGGUCCGGCGGGGUCAAUCCGCGAUGACAGAGCCUGGUGCCUCUCCCGAGGACCCCUGGGUCAAGGUGGAGUGCACCCUCAGCGACACCAGCCUGGACCCCGGGCUUUUUGUGGAAAGUGUCCGCAAAGGGAGCGUGGUGUCCCGGGCUAAUAGCAUCGGCUCCACCAGUGCCUCUUCUGUCCCCAACACAGAUGAUGAGGACAGUGACUACCAGCAGGAGUCCUACAAGGAGUCCUACAAGGAUCGGCGGCGGCGGGCACACACGCAGGCCGAGCAGAAGCGCAGGGAUGCCAUCAAGAGAGGAUAUGAUGACCUUCAGACCAUCGUCCCCACCUGCCAGCAGCAGGACUUCUCCAUUGGCUCCCAGAAGCUCAGCAAGGCCAUCGUCCUGCAGAAGACCAUCGACUACAUCCAGUUUCUGCACAAGGAGAAAAAGAAGCAGGAGGAGGAGGUGUCCACGCUCCGAAAGGAUGUCACAGCCCUUAAGAUCAUGAAAGUGAACUAUGAGCAGAUUGUCAAGGCACAUCGCAACAACCCCCACGAGGGCAAGGACCAGGUCUCCGACCAGGUCAAGUUCAACGUGUUCCAGGGCAUCAUGGACUCGCUGUUCCAGUCCUUCAACGCCUCCAUCUCCGUGGCCAGCUUCCAGGAGCUGUCAGCCUGCGUCUUCAGCUGGAUCGAGGAGCACUGCAAGCCCCAGACACUGCGAGACACUGUGCUGGGUGUCUUGCACCAGCUGAAGAACCAACUUUACUGAAGGCCACAGGCACCUUGGAGUUCAGCUGUCCCCUGCCUGGCCAGACACCGCCUCACCAGCCAGGGGGGCUCUAACUGCUACUUGGUGGCCCAGUGCCUGGCACCUGUGCAGAAGCAUGUUUCAUGAACACUUCUAAUUUAUUUUCUGACCAUGCAGCUGGACCUGUGCUGGCCCUGUAGAGAGCCUUGGCCUCACCAAUCUUCAGGUCCUGGGCCAGGACUUGAGGUUCACAAGCUCCACCUGCUCCAGCCUACCAGGCGGGAGCUCAGGUGUGGGCACUUAGCAGUGGCCAGAGAGGACACAGACUUACUGAAAGGGGGCUGGGCCGGGCCAGGAUCUGGGCUCUGGAGUAGGCACAGCCUCCCAGCCCUUUGUGCCUCCCCCCAAAAGCAAGCAGGACACAGGGCUGCAUGUUGCAAAUCUUAUUUUUUUCAAAUACCAACAAUGCAAUUCUGCUGGUUACCACCUUGGAAAGUGAACUGCCUCCGAACCACCCAGCCUGUUUCCCCAGCACCCCAGGGCUCGAGGGCAGAGGCCUUUCCACCCUGAGCCUAAGGACUAUCCACAGGGUGGCUGGUGGGACUCUGCCUGCCCACAGGGAAGUCGGCAUUUUUGUAUGAAAUUAAACAUCAGGUGUGUUC